GCAGCUUAGAAGAGAGAUAACCACGCGGGGCUAUGUUAGAGAUCUAUGACAUCAUGACUGGAGUGGACAGAGUGAAUAAGGAAGUGUUAUUUACCCCUGCACAAAACACAAGAAUCAGGGGUCAUCCAAGGACAUGAACAGAAGAUUUAAAACAAACCGGAAGAAGUACGUCUGCACACAACGCACAGUCAAUCUGCAGCAAGUGGUCUGCAUCUAGUUGUGGGCACUAUACUUUUAGGAAAGAUGAGACAAACUAAAGAGGAUCCAGAGAAGAGCAACAAGAAUGAUACAGGGUGUCAAAAACCCAGCCUAUGUGCAAAACUGGGCAUGUUUUGUUCCGGGAAAAGAAGACUGAAGGCAGAUCAGAUAAAUGCAUCAAACGCAUUAAGAGCUGUUAUAAAGAGGAUGGUGAUUAGUUGUUCUUCAUUUCCACUGAAGGUAGGAGGAGAAGUAAAAUGGGCUUAAUGGGCAACAAGGGUGAUUCGGGUUAGAAUUAGACACACCUUUCUAAGCCUUUGUCCACACUAUGCUGCUUUUAGAGAAACAGCUGUGUGGCUACAGCCAUGUCGCCAAAACUCAGGCAGUGUAGAUUCUGGUUGCCAGCUCUUUUGCUGACAAAAUAUUUCCACCCCCGGUGGGCAGCACCAGCACUGCUCGCACUGGCAAUGAAAGGCCAAGUGCUACUCACAUCAGCACUGGUUGUUAGCAAAACUUUUGUCUUGGGUGUGUGGGGGGGUCAUUUUAACACCUUUGAGCGGCUAAAAUUUUGCCAUUCGAUUGCCAGUAUAGAACAUAAGAACGGCCAUACUGGGUCAGACCAACGGUCCAUCUAGCCCAGUAUCCUGUCUGCCGACAGUGGCCAAUACCAGAUGCUCCAGAGGGAGGGAACACAACAGGUAACCAUCACAUGAUCCCUCCCUCCUAGACUCAGCCUAGGGGUAUUUAAGCCCUGCACUUGGCUUCCCAUGGAGAUUGUGGAAUCCCCAUCAGUGGCGGUUUUUACAAACAGGUUGGACAAACACCCGUUGGGCAUGGCCUACAUUUACUUGGCCUGGCCUUGGCACAAGGGGGUUGGACUAGAUGGCCUCUCAAGAUCCCUUCCAGUCCCACAUGUCUAUGAAUAUUGGUCAGCAUGGUCAGCGGUGGCAGCAGCACCACAAGCAACCCUACAACAAUAAAUCAGACAGCAACAGAGAACAGCGCUUUCUAAUGGCCAGAGCGUUGUUAUAAACCACUGAAGCUGGAUGGGAGAGAACAUUGCUUCAUGCCUGUGCCAGACAGCGCCCAACCCUCGUAUGCCUCUGUGUCAGUGAUAAUGAUGUGUGCUCCACAGGGGGUUUCCAGAGGAGAAUAAAUACCCUGCGUGCCUGAGCUCCUCUCAUUUAAUUCCUGAACUACAGGGAGCCUUCUCGCUGCCCUGGCCAGGUGAGCUGGGUCAGCAUCAUCUCUGGAGAGUUUCCAAGAGCCACUCCACACACGUGCUGGGAAUGAUGAAAGGAUUGUAAGUAACCUCUGGAUCUAGUAGUAAUAAUGUUGUCAGGUUAGUGGGGCUGAGAACCCACAGUCAUGGGCGCAUUAUAAAGACUGACAGACCCGCUCUGCAAACCAGCCAUUCGUUCAGCAGCCAUUCUAACUUGCCAGAAAAAAGCUGAAUGUAAAAAGGGGGCGAGCCUGCUGUCUGAGCUCCGCGACACCCCCUCCCACUGCCCAGUCCUAGCAUGACAGGAGGAGGACAAAGCCCAGAAGGGAAUCUUUCCUACACAGAUUUCAUCCUCCUCGGUUUCCCUGGACUGCAGCAGUUUCAUGCUCUCCUCUUCAUUCCCUUCUUCUGCCUUUACCUGGUGAAUGUGGGGGCAAACUGCACAGUUAUCUACACCAUCUGGGUGGAGAGGAGCCUGCACUCCCCCAUGUACCUGCUGAUCUCGCUUCUCUCCGCCAUGGGGCUCUGCAGCACCAGCGCCAUCCUGCCGCAGAUGCUGUUGGGUUUCUUGGCCCACUCGAGCCGCCUCUCCCUGCCUGGCUGCCUGGCCCAGAUGUUUUUCAUCUACCUGUUGAUCAUCAUGGACUCCUCUGUUCUCCUGCUGAUGGCGCUGGACAGGUACGUCGCCAUUUGCAAGCCGCUGCGCUAUGUGGACAUCAUGUCCAAGCGCCUCCUGGCGGGGAUGGUCCUGGCUGCCCUGAUCCGCGGCAUCUCCGUGGCCUGCCUCAUGGUCGUGCUAGCCUCCAGGCUGCCUUUCUGCCAGUCCAAUGUCAUCCAGCAUUUCGCAUGUGAGCACAUGGCCCUGGUGAGCCUGGCCUGCAGCAGCACAUCCCACAACAGCAUCUUGAGCAUGGUGAUGGGAUCCGUCAUUAUCGUUUUCGAUACCUUCUGUAUCCUGGCCUCCUAUACCUCCAUCAUCCACACGGCCCUGCAAAUUGCCUCGGGCAGCCUGCGGCGCAAAGCCUUCCACACCUGCGGCACCCAGCUGCUGGUGAUGUUCUUCAUGUACUCUUCCUUCCUCUCCUCCUCCAUCGUGUACCGGGCGGGCCAGGCCGUCUCGCAGGACGUGCAUAACCUGCUAAGCGCCAUCUACCUGCUGCUCCCCUCCACCCUCAACCCCAUCAUCUACGGCGUGCGGACGAAAGAGAUCAAGCAGCGCGUCCUGAGGGCCUUCGGGAGACGGCAAGUCCCCACUGCUGAGCCAGAUGCGGCAUUGCCUGAGCAGGGUGACAAGUCUCCGCCCUGCGCUGCCAAAGAGACUGCGGCUGCUGUAGAGGACAUUGGAGGAUAGCGGCGUCACUGGGAACAGAGGGACUGGUCCUCCGCAGAAGCUGAGCGCUUUCAAUGCCCCAUGACCAUGACAGAUGGUCAGGCCAUACACCAGAGCAGUCCUGCCCCCUAUUUUAUUUAUAGAGCAGCCAACAUUUGCUGGGCUUACCACAAACAGCACAUGGAUGAGGCCUUUGGCCCAGACAGUCUCCAUGCCAAUUCAUUCAAUUAAUUAAAAAUAGGCUCCUCUUCAGAUGUGAGGCACAGACAGGCUCCUAGCAUUCAGAGAGAAAGUUCCUUGCCCAGUUUGCACACGUGAGGAGAUGAGACAGAGAGACAGCCCGAAGUCCUAGAUCUCAUCCCACUGCUGUGAACGCUUAAAAAGCUUCCACCGAAAAGCCACGUGGCCUGAGAUAACUGAAAACAGUCAGGGCUGGUUCUCUUCCCCCGUGUCCCGCCCCUCCCCGCGUCAGAGGCAAGGGUCCAUGCCCUCUCGCCACACCAGGCUCUACAGCUGUGAACUCACCCUAACAUUUUGGCUUGGAAACAGAUCGGUGACAUGGUCGUCUGUCAGCCUCUGUGCAGCAGGGGCCUAGACAGCUGCAUAACCCUGCAGAUGGGAAAAGAGCGUUUCGUGUUUCGAGAGUCCAGACAGUAUCAAGUGUGUUGUGUGUAAUCAGGAGCCGUGUUACCCCAUCAGUGUUUGACUGGGGCAGACUAGGGGAGCCCUCAGUUUCUCCGGGCUCAGAGAUUAAUCUUUUAGCCCCUGCCACUAUUCAGAAUUGUGAGUAGCUCGGCUGAUUCACCUAAUGUUACACUAUGGACAAUAUGGCUUGUGUACAGUACUGACCACAAUAGGGCCCCGAUCCUUACUGAAGCUGCUGGAUGCUAUAGCAAUGUACAAACAAAACACUAAUCAUCACGCUGCACUGUUGGGUUUUGCUUAAAUGCAGGGGGAGGGAGAUAUUGUGCUUUGUUAAGGGACCCUGGUCAGUCAGGGUAUUUUCUUUGGAGUCAAUCUCUGAGAGUUUUGUGCUGGGAAGGAGGAGAUUUUGUGUGUGUGG